AUGGCAACCGCAAUCUAUGAAUAAUUAGUAACAGUUUUUACAAAUACAGAUAAUAAAAUCAGAAAUGAAACAGAAAAACAAUUAGUGACUAGUCUAAUAGAUAACAUCUAGAAUUUCGAAUAGAUAGCCAAAGUUGCUAUGCAAUAGGAUUAAAGUAAAAUAUGUUUCGAUAUCUGUGUAGUGCAAGAACAGGCAGCCAGUUUAUUAAAUUCAGUUGUGUUGAAGAUGUUGACAAACAACAUUUAAUUGACAAUACAUCAUGCCAAUUCCAUCCUGGCAGUUCUGAUGUCUCAGUAUACUCCCUUGAAAUGCAAAUAAUCCUUGAUAAAGUGCAUGAGUUUAAUAGUUAGAAAAGAUAAAAGUGUAAAAACAGAAAUUGAAAAUAAAAUGAAGGAAUUCUUAAGACAAGAAUAACAAUGGCAAAUUUAAAUAGGGAUCUUAUUUUUUAAGAUAUUACAAGACUCUUUGGAAUUGCAAACAUAUAGUUCCAUAGUCUAAACUGGUUAUGAAUGGAUAAGUGAGUUUUUCAAUCAAACCGGCUAUGUCAUCACCAAAUUGACAGAAUAACCAAAAGAAUUAUCAGAUGAUUUCAUCACAACCAUCAGAUUAUACACUCAAGUAGUCACUGAUUUAUGUGAGAAGGUAUUUGAUAAAAACAAUAGUCAAAAAGAACAAACUUAACCAAUACAAAACAUUUUAUUUCAAUUAAACUCCUUCUCUGGAGUUCUCAUAAUAUUAUUAUCCUAUUCACCAUAAAUAGGUAAGCAGAUUCAAAAUUGUUCCAUUAUCAAUACAGGUAAUGAUCACUUUGACAAUCAAUUAAAUGAAAUCAAAUGUUAAGUUUUCAAGAUCUAUUUCUUAACUCUUCAAGUCUUAUUGAAUAAUCGCAACAAAAAUGAAGUAAAAAAAGGAGCCUUUGGUCCUUACUUAACUACCAUAACACAAUUGCUAAUCUACAGUUUAUUGGCUUAUACAAACAGUGAAUCCAUUACUUCAAUUUACAACAAACCAUAUUUACCAAACAUCAUGACCUACAUCCUGAAGCUAUUGGCAAACCUAGGGUCUUAGACUGAUUAAUACCAAAUAUUUUCUGAUUCUAAAAUAGCCCUAAUAACAGAUGCAAUCUAUCCAUUUUUGAUAACCUCCCAAAAAGAAUAUUAAUAGAUGAAAGAUUAGCCUGAAGAAUUUGUUAAUUUAGCAUUGGAUACAGUAGACAAAUAGGAAUCAGAUGUUCCUAAGACAGCAGCAGCAUCUUUAUUAGAAACCAUAUGUGAUCAUAUUGAUGGGUCUACUACAUUAUUGGCAAAUUUAGCAGUUAUAAUUUCAUAGGAUUCCAUCAAUAUAAUAACUAAUAAUCCAGUUUAAUUGAAGGAAUAACAAGUGGCUUUUAUUUAGGCUUUGCAAGAUAAGAAAUUAUUCAAAGAAUAUACUGCAGUGGAUAGAAUUGAAAGUAGUUUAGUAAUUUUAACAAUCAUGAGUUAUUUGAUACAGAAAAGAUUUGAUAUAGUGUUAUUAAUGGAAUAACUUCUGACUGACAAUUUAUUAUUCUUUUAGUCUAUUUAAGAAUAAAUAAUCAAAUUAAGACUCUCCUUAUUCUUUGGAUAUUAUUGUGACAACUUAUUCAAAAAGGAUACUCAAUCUUAAAACAUGAAUGCCUAUUUAUAAAUAAUGAUCGGUUUUGUAUAACCAACAGAACCUGUGGUACUUUAUUAAUCAAUUGAUGCAUUGAAGGACAUAUUUGAGGAUGAUGAUCUCAAAGGUAAAACCAAAGAUUUGGUAGUAAUACUAUUCCCACAAUUAUGUAAUGGACUUCAAUACAGUACAUACGAGAGACACUUUGAAACAAUAACAAAUUUACUAAAAAGAUAUCCAAAUUAGUUCUUGUAAAAUGAUAACUUAUUGGUUGGUUUGAUCUAAGUAUUAACUUAGAGAGUUAUUAUGGAAUAGUAGAAAAUCAAUUCAGGUGAUCAAUAAAGGCAUAUCUAUUUAAAUAGAUGUUGGAAUGUUCUUAGAUCAUUGGUUGAUCAAGAUGAAUUCAGUGAGAUCUUAGGCAAAUUAGAGUAGCAUUUAGCAUAAUUGUAUUCAAUGUUGGCUAAUUGUGAUAAAAUAGAUUUUGAUGAAGAUCUGGUGCUCUUCAUUUCUGGAUGUAUCUCUAAAUUAUCAGUUGUCACAGAAUUGCAGAUGCAAAUAUUACCAUACUUCUAGAAUAUUAUCAAAAAGUAGUAGGGAAGAUUGUGCAAUCUCUUUGAAACACUCAAUCAAUACAUGCAUUUCGGAAGGAACUAUUUUUUGAAUGAAUCCUAAUAGUCCAUUUACUUUUAAUUGGCUUUCUAGAAUCUGUAAAAUGAAGAUAACUAUGGUGACAUCGAAUUAGGAGAAGGAGCCUUGUUAAUUCAAUUAGGAAUCCAAGAACUUAAUGACGAUCUAAAGAGCAAUAUACUAUCUUAAAUCCUUUUCCAAACUAUCUAAAUCCUAUAAAAAAAAGACAUCAAUGAACACUUAAAGUCUAGAAUUACAGGCAUCAUUUUGAGUUCUCUUUAUAAAAUACCAGAAAAAACAUAUGAAGUCUUAUCUGAAGUCUUCACUGCUGUUUACAGUUGCAUUUUAGAAACCCAUUAUUCACCAGGUUACGAUAUCAAAUUGUUUAUAAUUACGAUGUCGUCAUUGAUUAUGAAAUAACCCAAUCUGUUAACUCCAAAUUUACUUACCAUAAUGGUUAACAACUUAAUAGCUUAAGAAAAGUAUGAAAAAGAUUAAAAGUAGAAAUAAAAUGAUUACAUGGAUGAUGAAUUAGACGAUGAAGAUGAUAGCGAUUUCAACGACGAGGAAGAAAUAACACAAGCUUAACAAUAGACAGAAUAAUUCCUAAGUUCUGUAGUCAAAUUGGAUGAAUAUUCUUUAUUCAAACAGACUCUUCUAUGUAUCAAGAAUCAGUACCCAGGAGCCAUUGAUCAAUUGAAAACUGGGUUGGACUAAUAGACAAUCAACAAAAUUAAUGAAUAAUUGUAGUUUGUUAGAGUGGAAACUCAAGAUGGAGAAGAACUUAGAAAAUUUCGACAAUUAAAUAAUUGCUAUCGUAAAAAGUAAUUUAAUAAUUGA